AUGGCGCUAAUUCCAAUUUUUAUCCAGCUUGGUGGAGCAACAGGAUCAAUCGGUGAUCCAUCCGGUCACAGUACAGAACGGCAGCCUCUCUCGUCUGAUACUAUUAGAGAGAAUGUAACUCACAUCGAAACACAAGUCCGGAAAUUUUUUCAUAAUGGAGUAGCAUAUGCUACUCGGCGCGGUGUGAAUGUUGGAUUGGAUUCUGAGAAGGAAGUUGUGAUUAUUAACAAUAUCGACUGGAUAGGGAAAAUGACAGCAAUCGAACUUUUGAGUGAUGUUGGGAGAUACGUUCGCGUGAGUUCAAUGUUAGCGAAAGAUAGUGUGAGGUCGCGCAUACGCAGGAAGACUGACCAAGGCAUCAGCUUUACUGAAUUUUCGUACCAACUAUUACAAGCGUACGACUUUUGGCAUCUUUAUAAUACCUACAAUUGUCAGAUCCAAUUGGGAGGCAGUGAUCAAUGGGGAAACAUUACUGCAGGCAUUGAUCUCAUUCAGAAGAAGAAGGCUGCAAAGGAUGAGAGUCUAGUCGAGGAAAAUAAAGAAGCUUGUGGAAUAACUUUACCGUUGCUAGUGAACUCGCGUGGUGAAAAGUUUGGCAAGUCAGCAGGAAAUCCGGUUUGGUUGCGAGAGGAUAUGACAAGUUCUUAUGACUUUUACCAGUUUUUUAUAAGGAUGCCUGAUAGUGAUGUAGGAAAACAUCUCAAAAUGCUCACAUUGCUAGAUAUCGAGGAGAUAGACAACGUAAUGGAGUUGCAUGAAAAAACACCGGGAAAGUAUAUUGCCCAGGAGAAAUUGGCUUCUGAAAUCACAGAACUGGUGCAUGGCGAAGAGGCUUUAAAGCGUGCUCAACUUGCCACAUCGCUGCUGUUUGGCACUUCUGAUUUGAAUGAGAUAAAAGCAAAAGAUCUCAUUCAUGCAUUUAGAAACGACACGCGAUUAAAAUUUCUACCAGAAUCGGAUGUCAUAGACAAUACUAUCGACAAAGUUGCUACCUUAUCGGGAGCUUGCGGAACAAGAAGUGAAGCUAACAAGAUGAUAAAGGCACGCGGGCUGUAUUUAAACAAGAAUCGUAUGAUACAGCCUACGUACGUAAUUAGUCGGGAUGACUUGAUAGACGAGAGGCUUUUAUUAUUUCGCGUUGGAAGGAACAGCUAUACUAUAGUAGCGAUUGAAAAACAAUAA